CAAAAGGGAACUACAUUCGGAACAGGAAGAUUGUUUUAUUCUAAAAUGUCUUAUUAGAUUGGUAGAUAACAUAUGGAGGGAAAUUACGAUAUAUUGUCGAAUGCGAACAUGAAUAAACAUGAAAGGUACGCUAACGUAUUCACAGUAAGAGAAGACGAGAAUGUAACAAAAUGCGGAUUUGGAAACUGGAAGCCUGACUGGUUGCAACGUUUUGCUAAUCCAAAAACAUUUUUAGCGAUAUUCUGUAUAGUAGGAAUAUGCCAGGCUGCGUAUUUUGCAUACGUAGCAGGGAUACUGUCUACAAUCGAAAAGAGAUACGCAUUCGAAAGCAAAAUAACUGGUGUAAUAUUAAUCGCAGAUAACAUAAGUCCUCUCAUUACCAGCAUCAUAAUAGGAUAUUACGGUGGAAAUGCCAAUAGACCCAGAUGGAUUGCUGCUGGUAUGUUUAUUGUAACAAUUAGUUAUUUUAUAUCGUCUUUUCCUUAUUUUAUCUACGGAACCUCGAGUCAAUUUAGUGAUGCCGAUUUAAUGCAGCAUGUAAAUUCUACGGGGAAAGAAUUCUGCGACAACCGUCCUAAAACUAAUGAAUGUCAAGAAAAAUCGAUAACUUUACCUGCUGUUAUAUGUUUUAUACUAGGAAGUUUUCUUAAGGGAUUUGGUUCGACAGCAUUUUAUACAAUUGGAACACCUUAUCUUGAUGAUAAUGUAAAGAAAAAAAAUUCACCUCUGUAUCUGGGAAUUCUUGCUGCACUUAGGCUGAUAGGAUUAGUAGUUGGUUAUAUACUAUCGUCUAUCUGUUUAAAAUAUUAUGAAAAUCCUUUAGUGGAUCCUGGUUUUGACAGAAAUGAUCCCAGAUGGAUAGGAGCUUGGUGGAUAGGAUUUCUUGUUUUAGGUGUACUUUUAUUAUUUUUUACGUUUUUAUUACUUUUAUUUCCACGCGAAAUGAAAAAAAGCAAUCAAGAAAAUAUAAAACUAACUACCAGCAUCACAUCCGUUAAAGACUUUUCGCAAGCUUUGAAUCGUCUCGUAAAAAAUCCAUUUUUAAUAUGCCACAUUUUAGCAGCAAGUUGCAGAUAUAACAGUAUGUUAGGUUACUAUAUAACAGUGCCAAGAUACGUGGAAACUCAAUAUGGGAAAGCUGCUUCCGAAGCUAAUUUAUUCAGCGGACCCAUUGGAAUUGUUGCAACGCAGAUUGGAAUUAUUAUUGGGGCUAUAGCCAUUCAUAAAUUUAGACCAAGAGCUAAAUAUCUCGCUUGUUAUUUACUUGCUGUCGAAUUUUUCAGCUUUAUUACAUUUCUAGUCGCAAUGCUUCUAGGUUGUCCUGGUCUGACAAUGCCUGAUACAACUUUUUUAAAUAACAAACUAGAACUUCAGAAUACGUGUAAUGCAGGCUGUCAAUGUACAACGAGUGUUUUUGAACCUGUAUGUGCCACUGACGACAAAUCUGUAUAUUUCUCUCCAUGUUUCGCUGGUUGCACUUCAUUUAAUGGAACAGUUUUUACGGGUUGUAAAUGUAUCAAGGAUGGAUUAGAACAAAUUGCAAGAAAGGGAUAUUGUUCUAAUAAAUGUAACAUGAUUACUCCAUUUAUUUCUGUGUUUGCUACUGGUAAAUUAGUUUCAUCGACAUCAGCCGUCGUACAAAUAUUGCUGUUAUUCAGAUGCGUCGCUAAACGGGAUAAGUCAUUAGUAAUGGGUGUUAUGGAGACCAUACUAAGCGUAAUUAGUUUUAUUCCAUAUCCACUUAUAUAUGGAGCAAUUGCCGAUUCCGCUUGUAUUGUCUGGGAGGAAAGUUGUGGUAAAACAGGAAAUUGUUGGUUGUAUCAUCCCGAUAAAUUUCGUUAUCAUCUUCACGCUACUACUUCCGUUUUCAUAUUUUUUGGUGUUAUUUUCGAUUUUGGAAUGGUCUUGCUUAGCAACAGAAUAAAAAAUGUCUAUGAAGAAGAAAGAGAAGAAGAAGAAAUUACACGAAAUAAUGUGAAUAUAUUUGAUAAUAUGCUACCUCCACUUAAUGAUGAAAAGAAA